AAGCUGGAACAGCUUAUGACCUUGAACCUCCAGCAAGCACAAUUCAUGACUCGGUUGGGUCUAUUGCCACUGAAUGUUCCAGAUGAAUCAUCUCAGAGGCGAAGGUCUGUCCCAACAGAAAGGAUGGAGAAGGAAAAAGAGACUGAGUCUCCCAGCACCAGUGGGAGCGGACAGAGCAACAUCAGGACGCGUCUCUCCACGGGGACACUGCACAUGAACGGAACCCAAACAUUCAAGGAUAUCAGGAUGCUCCAGGGCUCUGAUGAUUCCAAUGACAGCCAAAAGAUGGCACCUGCCAGAGCUGCAGUCUUGACUUCAGAUUCUCCUGCAUCUCAUGGCCGGAAACGGUCGUCUGCUGCAAGUGAAAUGGCACAGUUGCCACCGAAGAGAAGGAAGAUUGGCCACAAUGAUGGAACUGGAGAGGGUAACAAGAAUGACUACUUCUGCUGGGUUUGCCACAAGGAAGGGACCUUCAUCUGCUGUGAGUUGUGUCCACGAGUCUUCCACAAGAAGUGUCUGGACAUGGUCAGCGAUGUUCCCAGGGACUGGGUGUGUCCUGAAUGUGAGAAAAUCUUGCGAGCUGAGUGUACCGACUCCCGGUCACACGCCAUGGCGAUGAUCACCGUGGAAACAUUGUGUUUUCUGCUCAAGUUUGCUCUGGAAAGGAUGAAACAUGGCGGGUCUGACCCGUUCAUGAAGGCUGUCGAUCCUGCCUCUGUGCCUCUCUACAGUGACUAUGUCUUCCAUCCCAUGGAUCUUGGCAUCCUGGAGAAGAACAUCAAGAAGAAGAUGUAUGGGUGCACCGAGGCCUUCAUGGCAGAUGCCAAGUGGAUUCUACACAACUGUAUUGUCUUCAAUGGAUUACACAACAAGCUGACAGCUGCUGCCAAGACUAUUAUCAAGAUCUGCAGGCAUGAGAUGAGUGAGAUUGAAGUGUGCCCCGACUGCUACCUGAACUCCUGUGUCAAGAGAAACGAUGAGUGGUUCUGUGAACCCUGUAGGGAACCCCACCCACUAGUAUGGGCCAAACUCAAGGGAUACCCCUUCUGGCCUGCCAAGGCCCUGCGUGAACAGGAUGGACUGGUCGAUGUUAGAUUCUUCGGGGCCCAUGAUCGGUCCUGGGUGCCUCCGUCACAGGUGUUUAUGUUGUCAGAGGACAUCCCCACACCAAUGAGGAACAAACGGCAAGCAGGCUUCGACAAUGCCAUGGAAGAAACAAACACACAUAUUGAAAAACUGAGAGAAAGAUUUGGGACCUAUGAGUACGCACCAUUCCGCACACCCUAUGACAAGACAAGAACAUACUCACCUUUGAAGAAAAAGGAGGAUAUACUGACAUAUCCUAAGAAAGUGAUUAAAUAUCCUGCAAUAACUCACACUUCGAAGUUCCCCAAAACAUCUCAUUCUUUCAAUGUCAUGAAGCGAAAAGACAAUUAUCCUGUUGUGAUGAGAAAGACAAAUGAGAAUGUGUACAAGACUGCCGAGCGUGUGGGAGGGAAGAGGUCAGUGUUCAGGAGAGUGUGUAUAAGCCUGAAGCCAAACCCAGUGAGGAUAGGGGUAAGUCUGAAACUAAGCCCAUUGAGGAUAGGGGUAAGUCUGAAACUAAGCCCAUUGAGGAUGAGGUGUUAUGAGCCUGAUGAAGAGUCAGCAGUGUUUCAUAGAAAGACUGAUGCUGAAGAGGAGAGAACACAAGAACAGUCAUCAACAGAGGUAAAGCAAAAGCUGGUUGAAAAUGAACAAACUGAGGAAGAUCCAAAGGGGGCAGUGACAGAUCCAAGAGAUACUGAGAAUGACCUCAAAGAGACAGAGAAAGAACCUGUACAAACAGAUGAAGAAUGUGAACAGACAUUGAACAAUGUUGAGCAGUUUUCAAAAUUAAGAGCAGCAUUAAUUGACUCCAAUGGUAAAAGAGAUCCUGUCUCUUCUGAUGGGAGGCAGACGCCAAGUGAUUCUGCCGAUGAGGAUGUUGUGUAUACAGCCAAAGAUGGUAAAGUCAGUGAGUGUGUGAGAGGCAUUGAUUCCAAAAGUAAAAUGGAUGUGUCAAAAGAAAAGGAUAGAUCAAAAACAAGUGCUCAAGAAAAGUGUUCAGAAAAUGUUUCUUUGAAAGAUGACAGCAAUAAAGAGGCUCUAGAAACAGAGACAGUCUCUGAUGAUGAGUUCCAACCUUCUCUGGUAAUGGAGGUUGACUCAGGGGAUGAAGACAGUGUGACAGAAUUCAGUGAAUCAGACAGUCAAUCCCCUAAAACUAUUGUGUGUACAAAGAGUGCAUCUCCUGAACCUACCUCAGUUUCUCCCAAAGCUAAAGUGCAGUCAAGUAUGGUUUCCUUUCCUCGUAAAGUCAGUGCUGACAAAGCAGCUGGGCCCGUGGUGGUGCAGAGCUUCCUAAAGACCAUUGCCCCAAAGCCAUCGAAUCUUUCAUCAUCUGUGCUCAUUCCUGCUCAGUCUUUGAUCAAGGACAAUUCCCUGACAAUUAGUGCAAAGCCAUUAACCAAGAAACCAGCUAAGACAGGUGAUUCUUUACCCGAUACUAGACCUCGAAGCUCACCCCUGCCUGAAGACACUAUGAAGGUGGCGCUAUUCUCCAGUGGGAAGAAGAAAAAAUCUGAGGAAAUUUCAGAGAAAAACAUUCCAGAUGUUGAAGAAAUUCAAGAUGAUGAUGAAUCCUCUAACUCCAAACAUCAAACUCAGGACAUUGUGAAGAAGUACAAGGACAAGCUGCUUAAUGCCAUCAAGACCUCACUGGAUGACAUGUGCACAGACAUAGUGAAGAAUGCCAUCCCGGAGACCAGCACCAGCAACAAGCACUAUCAGCAGGAGCUGGAGAAGCUGCGCUGGAUCCACCUGCAGGAGGUGGCCGAGCUCAAACACAACUUCAAGUUGACGGUGAUGGAGAUGCGGGCGUGCUGGGAUGCAGAAAAGCAGCGCCUGUUCAAGGACAUCAGCAAGCUGUGCGAGAAGGAGAAAAACAAGGCAAUUGCCGAGAUCAAGAAGAAACAAUGGUGUGCCCAGUGUGGCAAGGAGGCGAUCUACUACUGCUGCUGGAACACCAGCUACUGCACAUACGAAUGUCAACAGUCCGACUGGCCAGAACACAUGCCCAGCUGCAUGCAGACUCUUGCAGCCAGUCAGGAACAGGAGAAGGCGGAGCCAUCAAAGCCCAGCAGUAACGCCAGUAAUACAGGCGCCAAGGAAGAUAGUAACAAGAAAGGCUCACCUCCUGCCAAACAGUCAACAGAAUGGUCUGAGAAGGAGGAGGCUAUUCAGACCCAGAGGACAUUUAACCUGGCCCCACCCUCCACUGCAGCGGCAUCCACCACUUCCACCUCCAGCCCUCAGACCGGGGCCUGGCGGAACCGAGCUCGGGAUAACCUGGAGCAGGUGCUGCGACGUCAGGAGGAGCCCCACCCCUCCCAGCCAGUCCAGUUCAUGCCCCCCCAGCUCAUCCCAGGACAACCCUCACAGUCUGCAGGUCAGCCAGACAAUGUGUCCUUCCUCCAAGGGGGGACAACCCAUGUCUAUCCAGUACAUCCAGCAAGUCCCUAACAGUGGUGGCCCUCAGGGAUCCCAGACAGUGCAUCUUCCCCCAUCCUCGGUGCCCAACUUCCAGCCCCCACCGCAGGUUCGUCUUCAGGGUUUCCACCUUCCACAGAGCCAGGCACCUGUUUUGCAGAGUGGAGCUUUAGUCCAGAACAACCCCGGAGUCUACCCCAUGCUGCGGCAACACCAUCAGUCCCAGCUGUCCAGCCCUGCAGGG